UCCUUUGAAAUUUUCCUUGUCGUCCGACAUUUUCAUCCACGUGCAGCAGUGUUUUGACAGUUUGCAUGGGUCAGUGCUCUGCUAUUUUUAGUAUUUUCCCUGCUUCACUGGCGUACGUCUUAAAGUGGCGCGUCGUGAUUGGAUAGUUUUGACAGUUGUUGAUUGACAUUCGAAACACGAUCUGCAUAAUUAAUCAGGGGAAGUUAUGCAGAAUGCGGGCCUCUCAUAGCAGGCCCUUCCUUUCCUGUCCCCAAGCGUCUCUCCGCUCGGCUCCCCACCCCCUUCCCCCCUCCUUCUAGGGCCGCUACGCAGGCUACUUCAGCUACCUCAGUAGCUUUUACACUGUCUAGGUAUUCAAUUGCAUUUCAACAAGCGAUGGUAUUUUUUUGUUUAAGCCGAACUGAAAUUUUAUCGCUUAGUUUCAGGUUACGCGUUGCGGUUUCCGCGUAAAGGAACAAGUGAGUACGUCAUCAUCACACGUGGCAUGCCAAGCCUCAAAGCUGUGACAGUUUGUCUGUGGAUGAAAACCGCUGAUACCGGAAAUGAAGGAACACUACUGAGCUAUGCUGUGUCUGGAUCAGACUACGAAUUACCUCUGUGGGACUUCAGAAAAUUUUCGUUACGGAUAGGAACCAGCCAUAGUGGUCACACUUCAGUAUCUGCUAACGAUGGAAAGUGGCAUCACAUCUGCGUAACAUGGGAGAAUACCACUGGAUCGUGGAAAUUGUUCAAAGAUGGCAAGGUUGCAGCUUCUCGAAAAAGUCUCAAGAAAGGUCAUGUGAUUCGUGGUGGUGGAACCCUGGUACUAGGACAAGACCAAGACUCAGUGGGAGGAUCCUUCGACGCCAGUCAAAGUUUCAUCGGUGAAAUGACGGGUGUCAACAUCUGGGAUCAUACGGUGAAAGACCAAGAAAUCACACGCAUGUCAAAGUCGUGCUUGACAGGGGUGGGGAACGUGUAUCAGUGGCGCGACUUCAAGGCUCACAUCAAGGGCUCAGUGGAGAUAACUAAGCCAUCAUGCUAAAGUAAAAACAUCCGUGACGUGAUUUGUAAACAUUGCGAGGGAUAUUACAUUAAAAGAUAAACUUUGAAAACUA